UAAGAAUGAUGCCAGCCGUGUUUUAUCGUCACGACAGCUAUGUCACUCGGCCUUCUCCGCAGUGACCCCUGCGCCGCCGACCAUGCUGGGAAAUAACCAGCGCUUUUAUCCCGCUCAGGAUGACAGCGACCCGGAGGAUGAGGAGGAGGAGGAGCAGGGCAGAGAAACCCGGCAACGGGAAAGUGGACCUGACAACGGAGGGUUAGGCGACCCGGUUGAGGAGGCGAUGACGGGAGGACGACAAUCCCGGGAAGGCAAACUCGGCGACGCGGUCGGAAAGCAGAAGACGAAGCGGCCCGCCAGGUCGGGGAACCAAGGGGUCGCUUACGCGGCCAAUCAAGCCACCCUUCGUCAUCAAACAGCCAAUCAGCAUCACGCAGGCUCCAACGCAACUCACAAGAGAAGAGCCCUGAUGGAGCGCAGUAUGACCACCAUGGCGCCCAUGGAGGAAACCUUCUUGACCAUGAUGCUGCUCCGCAUCGGCAUUCCUGACAUCAAGCAAACAAGGUCUGUCCAGUUUGACCAGGACUGCACGGUGUGGAACGCCAAGCAGCAGAUCAUCGGUUCCCUCACCGAGAACUUGUGGGACGUCUACAACUAUGGCCUCUUCCAGCCGGCCGGGGAAGGCCGCGACGCCAAAUUCUUGGAGGAAGAGAGGACCUUGCGGGAAUACUCGCAGUCCUUUGAGAAAGGCGUGCCUUACCUGGAGCUUAGAUACAAAACUAGAGUCUACAAGCAGACAAAUCUGGAUGAAAAAGCUAUUUCCAAGCUUUGCUCAAAGGCCAGUCUGAAAAAGUUCAUGGAUUACGUUCAGACCGGAGCACUGGACAAAAUGCUCAAGGUCCUCGAUAGAGGUCUCGAUCCCAAUUUUCACGACCCGGAGAGUGGAGAGACCCCCCUCACUGUGGCCGCGCAGUCGGGCCUGCCGGUGGAGGGCAUCAGGGCUCUGGUUCAGGGCGGAGCUCAUUUGGACUUCCGAAGCAAGGAUGGCACGACUGCCAUGCAUAAAGCUGUCAGGGAUCACAAUCAUACCGGGCUUCUGGCUCUCCUCUCACUGGGAAGCUCACCAGACUGCAAAGACCGCUAUGGCCUGACCCCGCUGUACCACACCGUCCUGACGGGGGGCGACACCUCCUGCUGCGAGACUUUGCUUUAUUACCGGGCCAAGUUGGGGACCAGAGAUGAGAACGGUUGGGAUGAGUCCCAUCAGCACAGGGAUGAAGAAGAGUUUGGAAUGGAAGAAAUCCAUAAGGCUUGCCAGAACGGCUUUGCCCAACAUUUGGAGCAUCUUCUCUUUUACGGGGCAGACACCUCCUCUCAGAACGCCUCAGGGAAUACUGCACUUCACAUUUCUGCCCUGUACAACAAAGAAAGCUGUGUCCGGGUUCUUCUGUACAGGGGAACAAAUCGGGAGGCCAAGAACAAACAUGGUCAAACCCCUUUUCAGGUGGCUGUAAUGGCCGGUAACUUUGAACUCGGGGAAAUCAUCAAAAACCACAAAGACUCCGACAUAGUUCCCUUUUUGGAGUCGCCCCAAUAUGUCCCCAAGAGAAAAGGAAGCGCCCUUACACUGCCGCUUCCCUCGCUCCAGAGCCACCCGUUACUGCGAGCUAACAGCGACAGCACCGUGACACACUCCGACCCCGUGGUCGUUCCCAACAAGGCCGCAACCACUCCCAACCCAGCUCAGGGCCAGCGCAGGGCCUCGGUCGGCUUACGAAGCACGAGCAGCCCCAGAAACCGAACGCGCUCGCCUUCACGAGGGAGAGGAGGCCAGAGUGACACCGAGGAGAGGCAUCGGCAGCCACGAGGCAGGCAGGGAGCGACCCCUGCAGGCGGCGGGAGUGGCCAAAUGAAGCGAAUGUACAGCGCCGUGCCAGGGCGGGUCUACGUAGCCACGCGGGCGCACGCCGCCAGCGGGGAAAGACUCCUGCCGCUCAACAAAGGCGACAAAGUCAAAGUGUUAAGCGUCGGAGAGGGAGGAUACUGGGAAGGAACGGUUAAGGGUCGCACCGGGUGGUUCCCCUCGGACUGCGUGGAGGAAGUGGCACCUGCCAACAAGGACAAUCGACCAGAGACGCAGAGCGGGAAAGCCAAGAGGAAGCUUUUCCGUAACGUGACAGUCGGCGCCUACGAUGGCAACGAUGGCCCCAGUGACUACAUCAUUAAGGAGAAGACAGCACUCCUGCAGAAGAAAGACAAUGAGGGAUUCGGUUUUGUUCUUAGGGGAGCCAAAGCUCAAACUCCCAUAGAGGAAUUCACUCCGACGCCAGCGUUCCCCGCGCUGCAGUACCUGGAAUCGGUCGAUGAGGGGGGCGUGGCGUGGAGGGCCGGCCUGAGGAUGGGGGAUUUCCUCAUCGAGGUGAAUGGCCAGAACGUGGUGAAGGUGGGACACCGGCAGGUUGUCAACACCAUCCGGCAGGGCGGCAACAGUCUGAUGGUGAAGGUUGUCAUGGUUGCCAGAAACCCCGAGCUGGAGGAUACGGCUCGAAAGAAAGCCCCGCAGCAGUCGAAAAGGCUGACCCCUCCCGCCAUCGCCCUGCGCUCCAAGUCAAUGACAUCGGAGCUGGAGGACAUGGUGGACAAAGCUGCCUCUCCGUGGAAAAAGAAAGCAGAUUACGAUUCCUCGCAGGGUCCUGAUAGGAAGAGGACAGUCUAUCAGAUGGCACUGAAUAAACUGGAUGAAAUCUUGGCCGCUGCCCAACACACCAUUACAUCUGACAACCAAGGCCAGAGAGGUCACGGAGGCAAGAGGGACCGGAGCAAGAGUAUCGCUCCCAAUGUCGCCAAUGAGGCAACAUAUGAGCUACAAUCCGGAGUAAACGCCAGACCUGGUUUUACCUACAACCAAGCCCACUUUCAACCAGCCCAGCAUGCCGUCAUGAUUCGUCAGAAAUCCAUCGGUAUAACUGAAGAGGAGCGGCAGUACCUUCAUCCGCCGGCGAUGAAGUUGGCUCGUAGCUUGUCGGUGCCAGGUCCGGAAGAAAUCCCCCCACCCCCAAACACAUCGGCACCCGAGCCGCCGUUAUCCGCCGGCCCCCAUCCCGGGAGGGGGCCCGCCAUGCCCAUACCGCCCGUAUCUCCAGCUCACAUCCAGCUCCAGUCCCAACCGGGCCAUCCUAAUCAAUCAAGUUGGGAAAGAGGAGGCGGGAUCAACCAGCAGGUGAUGGUCUCCACUCUCCGCAGACAAUCAGAAGGACUGUGCGCCAGGGAGCAGCAAGAGGUGCCCAGGCGAGGUGGUGGUGGUGGCGGCGGCGGCGCCGGCGGCAAGAUGGGGGGCCUAAGAAGAGGCUACAGUAGCGCUACACCGCCAACAAGCGCGAAACCUAAAACCCAACCAAACCUGCCCCAUUCACACGGAGCCGCGAGGGAGCAAGGCGGAGGAGGGCCCGGCAGAGGCGCGGGCAGGAGGGGAGGUCGCGGCGCUCUGACUAAACAGUCCAAAGUUGAGGAGGGGCUGCGGCAGCAUCGUGGGAAAGGCGGCGCAGCCAAAGAGAAGACGUCCAUCCCCAUCCCCACCAUCAUCGUCAAAGCGCCUUCCACCAGCAGCAGCGGUCGAAGCAGCCAGGGUAGCAGCACGGAGGCUGAAGUCCCGCAGGAUGCCCAGGACCACGCCUCUGCUCAAGCCUCCCCGGAAAGCCCCAACUCCACUCUUCCGUCACCUCUCACCUCCACGUCCGCUCAGCCGCCUUCAUCCACCUUGCCUCAGUCAACUGCCGCUCCUCCCCUUUCACUAAAGCAAAACGUGGAGUACGUAGACCACUCCUCAACAUUCGCAACGACUUAUGGAGGCGGAGGCGCACGUAGGGAGAGGGAACGUUUCCGUGACAUGAGAAGAAAAAGCGCGUCUUUCUUUCUCUCGUCCGAGGAGGACAUCCAGGGGGAGGCGGGAGGGGGCGAAGGCGGGGAAGCGCUCAACGCGAGAUUCCAGCCAUUGCAGAGCUCGCAGAUAGAAGUACCGAGCCCUCGGCUGCGACCCUCCAAGUCCAUCGACGAGGGCAUGUUUUCCGGAGACAAUUAUGUCCACUAUUCCAGCAGCAUGCCUCCGGCCUUUGGCCUGCCCGAGUAUUCUUCUCCCGUCCUCAGUCAGGACGGACAACCCAAAUCGGCGCCGUCCAUGUAUGGCUCGCAGCCAGCCACGACUUUCAUCCACCCGCUCACCGGGAAGGUUCUGGAUCCCUCCUCUCCACUUGGACUGGCGCUGGCGGCGAGGGAAAGGGCCCUGAAGGAUGACCGCAGGACUCGCCGAGAGGAGAGACAUUUUGGUCGGCAGCUGUCCACAGUGGGAGCUUUCACCACCCUCACCCAGACCCCUACGCCUUCCAUUUUCACAACCCAGACACAAUCCACUUACACGUCACCCGUUUCCCUUCACUUGACCUCCACCGUCACCUCUCCCGCAUCUCAAAGCCGGCCUCAGUCGCCGAGAAUCUUACGCGUGGGAGGAGGAGGGGAGAAGAUGGAGCGAGACAAGGACGUAGGACAUCGAGAAGGCCUGAGAGUUCGUUUCUCAGAGGAGAGAAACAGUCAGUAUUCCCCUCCGAACUCCGGGGAAGGAGAGCGAGAGACCCACGGUAGCAGAGCUGUUCCACCCACACAGCCUCCACCACCCCCGUCUCAGCCCGCCCCCCGCAGGCCGUCCUUUCUGCAGAUGGAUAGCACCAACUACAUCCCUCAGUACACCGUCCCCUCGGCGCCCGACGCCACGGCCGAGACAAAGGAGCAAAAUCCGGGGAUGAUGGUUCUGCCCCCACCGGCGCCCUCGAUAGAUGUCGACGAGGAGUUUGUCUUUGCUGACCCUUUGCCGCCUCCGUUGCAAUUUGCCAACGGCAAGAAUGAAAGAGUGAAGGAUUACCAGCACUAUCAAAACGCGAGUCAACGAUGGGCCGCUCCGCCGCCGCCCCCUCUGCCGUCACCAAAGAGCCCGAGCGUUCCGCAAACGUCUUCGCAGGGCGGCGACUCCGCCACCUCGAGCCUCACCUCCUACGACAGCGAGGUGGCCACCCUGACGCAGUCGGCUCUCUCGCCGUCUCUGCCGUCCCCUGCCCUGCCCUCCGCCGACCUGCACAGACCCCAACCCAUGUCCCUCCCUCACUCCUAUUACAGCGGCUCCAACGACGCCACCGCGCACGACAGAGGCACGGCCGCCCUCGCCACCACCGUGACCUACGCCACCACCGCCGCGGCCAGCGCGGCCGCCACGACCUCCGCGGCCUCCGACUACAGCGCGAAGGCGGGAGGCACCAAGGUCGGCUUCAGCGCGGGGAGCCGACCGUAUGCCGACCAUAUUCAUCACCCUGCCAAGGGCGGAGAAUGGCAGGACGGCGUGUUGGAUUCCGGGAUCGAGGAGCUGGACAGUCACAGCAGCAGCGACCACCAUAUCGACAUGUUGGGAUUGACGGCUCUCAAAGGAGUGGACAGGAGCGGCAUCGGAGGAUAUGGCUCAUUCUACGAGGGACGAAAAGAUCCACCUUCAGCUUACUCCGGCGGACAAACGUUUGAGGUACAGAGCGCUAAAUUGGCCAACCCCGCCUUUCCAAAGAUGACUCACUAUAAGGAGGCAGUGGGCAAGGUCCUGCCUGUUGCGCUACGAAGGCAAAACAGCACCAACCCUGCGCCUUUACAACUGCACAGGCAAAACAUCCCAGACAAUAUCCGGAUGGACGGAGGAGCCCUACCUGAUGAAAGCAAACUUUUGCAAAAUAGGCCCAAAGUGGAGCACGACUUUAGCGCUACCUUGGCAGCCUGCUUAGACAGGCCCAUGGAGGCUCACUCGGCGGGUUGGGACGAGGUGGGCGAGCACGAGCAACUCCAAAGACCCAGCGUGCCAUUGGACGCGCGCAGGCUUCACUCGCCCCUCUCGGGUGUGAAGGCCAGCAUCAUCAAUGAGCUGAGUUCCAAGCUUCAUCAGAUGAGUAGCAUGAGGAGCAUGGAGGACUGGAGUCAAGCCCCCAAAUCACCCACCAUGAACAGGUACUCGGCAGAUUUCAGCGACGUCUUUCACAGCCCCCCCACCGGCCGCUCCACCUCCCCAUUGCCGCCUCCCUCGCCUCAACACCGUCAACCCAAUCUGCCGCCUUCCCCCUCCGUAUCCCCGUCCCCGCAGGUGGCAGGACAACGCAACUGGACCCGUUCACCCUCUCCGCAGAUGCCCACCUCCCCGGUUCACUCGCACUCUCCCCACUCGCCAACCUACUGCCCGUACCCGACGUCGCCCAAGCACCGCUCCAAGAUGCGGCGGCAGACUUUCGAUUUCCAGUGCAGCCCGUCCAAGGAUAUGCGAUCUGCCGUUUCUCGACGCCGCGCCCCCAGUCCGCUCAUCUACAACAACGAGCAGCCCAGCUCCACCCCUCCCCGACCGUCCUCCCUGCCCAUCUUUCCCAGUACUCCGGUCUACAGCAACCCUUUUGAAUUCCCAGGACCCCUCAGCCCUCCCUCUCCCGGCCUCCCUCUCGGCGACCCCUACUCCACCCCGCCCCUUUUCUCCCCGUCGGGCGCGCCGAGUCCAAACCCGAUGCUGGUCUCCCACUCCAUCUCCCCCACGCAUUACCUCUCCGGCGCCUCAUCACCGUUGCGCCUGCCCCCGAGCCCGUCCUGCCUCAACUACCCCCAUCUCACCCCGCCCCCGCCGACCAAACCCUUCGCCCUCAAGCCGCUGCCCUACUGGACCAAGUACGACGUGGCCGACUGGUUGGCUUACCUGAACCUGGGCGAACACAUAGAGCGCUUUAUCGAUAAUGAAAUCGAUGGAUCUCAUUUGCCUUCGCUUACCAAGGACGACUUCUUGGACCUCGGGGUGACGCGCGUGGGGCAUCGAAUGAACAUCGAGAGGGCGCUGAAGAAACUCACUGACAGGUGAGGGAAGACCAAAGCGUGGCAGGGUCGCAGGUCACAGAGGAAGGAAAAGCUGAGUCGCCACUUUUCUUCAUCACAUGUAUACAAUUUAUAGUUAUGGUUCAUCAAUCCCACGGCCGCUACACGUGACUUUUAUCAGCCCACUUUUAAUUUCCCUUCGCUGUUGAUUUGCCCUCCUUCUCUCCCCAGGCAUGUCACUCCUUCCCCCAGAGACACAGAUUGAGAGUGACGGGGUGAUUGAAAGAUGACAAAAAAAAAUGUGUGACUUGGCAAAGCAACACGAACAGAAGAUUUGGAAGAGGACGACAGUGGACCUCAGCACACUUUGUCAGGCUGCUGGCGACGGUUGUGUCUGGUGAGCGUAAUGAGUCCUGGUUCAAAACACGGUGCUGAAAUGAAGUAUACAGUGAACCCCCGCUUUAUCGCACCAGGUACGUUCCACACACAUACAUGAUCUAUACUGAGAACGUAUAAAAAAGAACAUCUCUGAUUCUGAUAAAUAAAUAGUUACCUGGGGCUUUCUUUUGUACCAAAACAAAGCAAAUGUAUUAAGUGGAAAAAAAAAAAGAAAAAAAGCGAUAUAGCUUGGGUUCACUGUAUAUCGCAAUUAUUAAUAGGCAGCAAAACGCACACAUGCAAGGGCAGAUGGAUUCUCACACCAUCUGCUGCAAACGCUGAGUAAAUGCCGGUCUGACUUGAAAAAGAUGCUUAAAGUGUAAACACAUCUAAAAUGUUGCCAGAAACACAAGGACUUCAUCGUGACAUUACUUUGUUGCGCUACAAGGCCAAAGUCUGAGCACAACAGAGGAUUUAUAAUUUUUUUUGUAGAUGAAGAAAGUCGUUAGUAUAAUAGUAAGUAGUUUGAUCUAUCUGCCAUAAGCCCCCAAAAUUCUCUCACUUUUAAAAGUGCUGGGUUAAAAAUUGGACCGACCCAGGAAUUUUGACCUAACUUUGAGUUGUUUUGCAAAAAACAAAAAAAAAAGAAAAUUGGGUGGUUUGUGCAAAACAAUCAAUUUUUGGGGUUGGUUUUAAU